CCCUAUUCACAACAGAAUAGGGAACAACAUGCUUGAGUUGUGGAGAAGUGGUCAUUUUAAAACUGCAUACAUGUUUCCUGUCGUUUCUGGAUCUGUUCCAAUAAAGUGACGAGUCAUUCGACUACAUGGUCAUUAUAGCUUUGCUAAAAAAAUAACAAAUCUACAGCGGCCUGAGAUUUUGCACAGUACUGUAAGUCAUAAGGAACAUUAGUCUUUUGGUUCAUGUGGGAUUGGAUCCUUAAACUAUUUGGCAACCUCGAGUCUCUGGGCAAGAUUGGGAGAUGUGUUUUUCGUUUCCUUAUUAAUUUGACUCUUUUGUUGAAAAAGAGGAGGAGGAGGUCGUCUCCUAAAGGGCUUCCUAACACACACUAUACUGUGAUUCUGCACUUGAGCGUCUCGGUGUCCUGUCUGUGCGAGGGUCCAGAUUAGCAUGUGUCAGUAGGCUUUGCUGUUGUGCUAUAUGUGAAGGAUGCAGGAUUGUCCUUUAAGAGCAGGUGUUGUGCUCAAAGCCAAUUACAGACAUGUGGGCAGUCUUGUAUAAAGUACCUAAAAGGGAUACUUGAGUAAAAGUAUCUUACCAGAAAAUGACUCUGGUAGAAGUCGAAGUCCCUUUUUUAUAAUGUUACUUAAGUAAAAGUCUUUCAGUAUAUGACGUUUACUGUACUUAAGUAUCAAAUGUAAUUUUCUGAUAUAAAAUGUACUAAAGAAGUGUAAAUGUACUAGAAGUAAGGAUUGAGCCAUGGUAGCUCAGUGGUAGGGCAAGUUUUCUUUCAGCGGGAAGGUUGUGGGUUAAAUUCCUGGCUCUGCUAGUCUAUAUGUGUCCUUGAACAAUACACUUAAACCCAUGUCGUGUUAAACCCAGCGUGUGAAUAGUAAAACUGUAAUGUAAAGCAGCUCAUCAAGACUAGAAAAGCUCACGGGGGGGGGGGGGGAAUAAAUGAAGAAAGCCUUGUUAUUCACCAAAAAUACACAAUUGACAGAACAUUUGAUCAAAAUAAUGUGCCAGAAUGAAGAUGUAAGUUUCAUUCAUCCUAACACCUUCAUUUCAAGGUUAUGAAGCUCGAUGCACAUUGUGUCACAGAGCCAUUAGGAUAGUUUGCAAGAGCUUCAUGUACGGCUCUAUGAUCUGAUGGCACAAUAGGCUUCAGCCUCAUCGAGCUCCAUAAGCUCAUUUUGGAAGAGAACAUUUUCCUGGAUGUGGGGUUGGGAGGAAACCAUACGCAACACUCAGGGAGACGGGAAAGGGGGGAUGGUGUUAGAGACGGCACUGAUCCUCGCUCUUGGACAGUGGCAUGGACAGACAGAGGGAGGGGGGAUAAGGAGGGAGAAGGGAGGCAGAGUCAAAUGAUGUACUGGAGCUCCACCUCUGCUGAGAGGAAAAUCUCACUGAGGAUUUGCUGUUGGGACCUUCACACUUAACACUGAGUCCUCCUGUGACAUUUUGUUUCCCUUGAGAUUCAGUUUAGUGGAAUAUUCUGGUGCUGCCCGACCUGCUGGAGUUCUUCCUGCGGAACGGGAAAUAUCCAAAAGCGUGAUUAAUAUGAGGGAACCUUCCGAUGGGCUGGAUCCAGGAAUCAGACUUCCGGGUCUCCAUUGUGUUUAGACCGGGGAGCAGCAUGCAAACAAAUCGGUGAACCGCAGCGGCCUGUCAAACCCCCACCCUCUCAGCCACCAGCACCACUAACCCAGCUUUGGGGGGCGAUUCCAGACAUUUCCACUCUGCCUGACAACCUACACCAAUGGCCAUGGGUUUCAUGCUACCCAUUAGAAGGCAAGAUAUGGUGGCCUCCUCAAGCUCCGCUCUUCUGGGUCCUCACAGCAGCUGCCCCAGACGCCGCUACCAGCGCUUCAGGAGAAAGCUGCGGCCCGGACGGAUUCUGGGGUUCGCCGUCAGCGUCGUGGUGGUCUGCACAGUCUGUUCAUGGAGUGCCUUGUCACUGGCCACGACAGUGGCCACAGGGCUGGGAUCGGGUGCUGAGGAUUCAGCAGAGGCUGCAGUGCCCCAUAGAACUCUUCUGCAGUACAAGAACCUCUCAGCUGCACCUGAGCACACACCUGUAGCCAUGCCAUCAGCUGAUGUCCACAUGAAUCAUGGGGAUUAUCCAAAGGACUACUUCACUGUGCAGGAGAGACGUGAGGGCUACGUGAUGCUUCAUAUGUUUGGCAUGAUGUACAUGUUCAUAGCCUUAGCCAUCGUCUGCGAUGAGUUUUUCGUCCCUGCGCUCACGGUCAUCACAGAAAAGCUGGAGAUUUCUGAUGAUGUGGCCGGGGCCACGUUCAUGGCAGCUGGUGGCUCCGCCCCAGAGCUCUUCACCUCUGUUAUUGGAGUUUUUAUCUCUCACAGUAAUGUGGGUAUUGGGACCAUUGUGGGCUCAGCUGUAUUCAACAUCCUGUUUGUGAUUGGGAUGUGCGCCCUGUUCUCUAAAGAGGUGUUGAACCUCACCUGGUGGCCUCUGUUUCGAGAUGUCUCCUUCUACAUCAUUGGCUUGCUCAUGCUCAUCUACUUCUUUCUGGAUAAUCAAAUCGUUAUGGAGGAAAGUAUCAGCCUGCUGCUGUGCUACACUGCUUAUGUGACGUUCAUGAAGUUCAAUGCCAAAGUAGAACUUUUCAUCAAGAGCAGGAUAGGCAACAACCAGGUGAAAGAGCUGGUGACUGCACCAAAGAUAACUGCACCAGGAGAUGACGAGAACAAGCUGAUGGCAAAACCCAGACUGCAGAGAGAGGGCAGCUGUGCGUCUCUGCACAACUCUGUGAUGAGAAACAGCAUCUUCCAGCUCAUGAUACACACACUGGACCCACUCAGCGAUGAAGGACAUUUCAAAGAAAAGGCCUCAAUCCUUCACAAAAUGGCCAAGCAGAAGUGUAAAGAAGACGCUGCCGCUGCUGCUGCUGCUGCUGCCGCUGCCACUGCCAAUGGUGUAGGAGUCUCCUCUAAGACACAACUUUCAAGAAAUGCAAACUCUGAUAAAAACAUCCCCAACAGUACGAACGUAGCAGUGGAAGUCACACCACCCAUGAACGGUGUUGUAGGAGGAGAUGAGGGUGGUGAGGAAGAGGAGGAUGAAGACCAGCCUCUGAGCCUGGCCUGGCCAGACACAAACAGGAAAAGACUCACCUACCUUGUAAUCCUGCCCAUUGUCCUUCCACUGUGGAUCACACUGCCCGACGUCAGGCGAGAGAGCUCAGCGCGUUUUUUCCCCGUCACUUUUCUUGGCGCCAUCUGUUGGAUUGCUUUCUUCUCCUACCUGAUGGUGUGGUGGGCUCACCAGGUUGGAGAGACUUUCUGGAUUACCGAGGAAAUCAUGGGUCUGACCAUAUUAGCUGCCGGAACCUCAAUCCCUGACCUCAUCACCAGUGUGAUUGUGGCACGAAAAGGCCUCGGUGACAUGGCCGUGUCCAGCUCUGUGGGCUCCAACAUCUUUGAUAUCACUGUGGGUCUGCCAUUCCCCUGGCUCCUCUACAACAUCAUCAACGACUUCAAACCAAUAGAGGUGAGCAGCAACGGCCUGUUCUGUGCCAUCGUCCUCCUCUUCAUCAUGCUCCUCUUCGUCAUCAUUUCCAUUGCAACCUGCAAGUGGAAGAUGAGCAAGUCUCUGGGCCUUCUCAUGUUCCUGCUCUACUUCGUGUUCCUCGUCGUCAGCGUCAUGCUGGAGGACAAAAUCAUCUCCUGUCCCAUCACCAUCUGAGAGGGAGAGACACAGUGACUGGUUGAUUCUCAGAGAGUAAACAUACAUGUGUGCAAUGAUCUAUCGUACUGACCCAAACACACACACACACACACACACACACACGCUCAGUAUCGGACUGCACACUCGCAGAUACUCGGCUCUACAUCCACACGCUCACUUUCAACCUGUACCUGAAGCAAACUCAUAAACAUACACAAGUGCAGACUGGUGCGUCACAGCCUUGAAGAAGUGGUAGACGAGCCAGUCCUUCAUUCAUGGACUUAUGCCACCUAGUCAGAGAAACUCCUCUCACCUGAAACCAUGUUAUCCACUACCUAUUAUUUGCUGAAAGUGAUUGGAACACCACCAGGAUGGAAACUUGAAACAAAAAACUCUUUUUCUUUUCUUUUUUUAAUCAAAGGACUACGAGGCAGUGUAAGACUCAAGGGGUGAAAACAACUUUGUUUUUGUUUUGUUUGUUUGUUUGCAGAGAUCUGGUGGGAUCAUAUAUAUCAAACCGGGGAAACACAUCUGUCUAAAACAAAGCUGCUGCUUCUCAGACCUCAAGAUUUUAACUCUGUCCGUUCCACCACCUGUGUGGCUUUGCAAUGUCAUCAGCAGAGAGAUGCUUUAGUGUUGCUUUCAAAUUCAGCAUUUCUACUUUCCAUGUUAUAGAUAUGUACUGAAGAAAACAAUAGUGUAGCAUGGACCAAGACUGAAGUGGAUGAGAUGUAUCAUGCUCAUUAUUUCUGCUUUUAUCAAUAUAUUCCAACUAUUUUAUUUGAGUUUUUUGUGUCAUAAGGUUGUAAGGAAGUUUGGUUAUUUCCCUCUUUGGUUCUUUUAUCUGUCUGCCUUUACUUACACCACUUUAGAACAAGAUUAAUUAAUUUACUUGACAAAAAAACUGGACAAUUUCUGGUGCAGUGGAAUGCUCCCAGUGAGAAAGGACAAUGACGGGAGGACGGCAGUUUCAUGUCUCUCUCUUGAAUGGAUGCAUUUAUAAAAACAAAAUGGUUUCUGUGAUGUAACGACUGAUGCCAAGUACUGUAUAAUGCUGUAUAAUGCAUAUACAUUGCUGUAGGCUGCUGUAGGCCUUUUGUAUAUCAUAAAGGCCUAAUGUGUCCAUCAUUGUGAUGUUCACACGAUACCUUCUUUUUUUUUAAUUUUAUGACAUACAGUUUGAAAUCUAGUUUGUUUUAAGAGAAAUUAUACAUAAUGGACAUAUGAAUAUAAAUAUGUGUGUGCACAUAUGUUUAUGUCUUUACUUCUCUGUACGUAACUCCAAACAUGGACGAGGAAAAACAUCCCACAUUGUUCUCGAAUUCGAGUUACAUUACAUUACAUUAAUACAAAUUAAAUAUCUUCAUUUUAAUUUAAAGGUAAAGAAUGGUUUCCAUGACUUUAUCCAGUGCACAUAUUCCAAAAGGUUUGCAAAAAAGAUUACAAUAAAGAAGAAUGUGCAUUUCCUCUCUGUUUAUGGGGACUUGAGGAUUUCUUUUUCUCAUUAAUUUUCUACAAACUGAUGAAGGGAAACUCACAAAUAGGGCUGAAACAAUCAAUCGAUUACUUAAUUAUCAGUGAACUAUUUUGAUAAUCGAUUGUUUUUAAAGAAUUCAAACAGGUUUUCAGACAGACAUUAUAACAGUCAUCCAGGUCAUAGUCUUCUUCAGUAGUUAGCUGUGGGCAACUGGACUUGCUUGAGUUGAAGACGUUUCAUCCAAGAGGCUUCUUCAGUUCUGACCAAUCUAGUGGGAAGAACCUGAGGCUGAUACCGGUCUAGAGAGUCAUUAAGUUGAACAGUUCAGGUGACCCUGAACUGAACACCUUGUGUCAGUUCUUCCCACUGAAAAAGCCUCUUGAAUGAGAGGUGAAACGUAUUCAACUGAACUCAAGCAAGUCCAGUCGCCCACAGCCCGCUACAGAAGAACAUGUGACACAUGUUUCCUUCUUCUAUGUCAAAUAGAACAAUAUGAGGGAGAUAAGUUAUUAUCCCAGACAUGUUUAAAAUGCUUUCAUCUGUCUGAAUAGCAUCCUCCUCUGCUUUUGUUUCGUACAGUGGUGCAGGAGUUGUUCAGUGUUUAAUUGUUAAAUAGUUUCAGUGCAAAACUAUGUCAUAAAUGGGUUUUCCCUUUUCACAUCACUGGAUCGGAUUGUCCAUAAACAGCAGUUAUACAUUAUAUUCUCCAUACUAUUUUUUUUUUUAUUUUAACGUUUUCACUAAUCACUAUAUAUUUUACACUACAAAUUAAUAUAUGUUUGUAUAAGUUUAUCCAUGAAUUUGAGCACAAUUAUUCCCAUUCCCCCAGUGGUCAAUUGUGUAUUUUGUAUUGUAACACGAGGCAUGUACAUAAAAGCCUGUAUGUAAUGAUAGUCAGAGCAUAGUUUACAAACCUGAAGACAGUUUUUAAUGUAAGUCUCCAGCUUCUAAUUUUAGCCUGUAAAUGCAGCAUCGUUUCCAUAUCUCAUGUGAAUGUGAGACGUGUGUGUGUGUGUGUGUGUGUGUGUGUGUGUGUAUGUGUGUGAAUGACUGCAUUUAGCAACAUCUUCUCAACUAUUUUGAUUACCUUGACAAAUGGUGAAAUGCUUUCGCUUUGGAAUCUACUGUGUACAUUAUGCAAGCAUGGUAUCAUAUCCAUGUACUAUCUGAACUGUGUAUUAUACUGUAAAAAGAUGUGUCGCUCCACUGUGUAUAAUGUGUCAUGUGAUCAAAUAA